CUUCUGUUUUGGCGGUUUCAGCAAAAUGGCGGUGAACGUGGCGACGAGAACGAUCAUGCUAACAGUCUUCAUUGACGCGGUGUCUGGACGGCCGUAAAAGGGGGAGGCGAGGAGGGGCUAUGUGGCGGUAGCGAAUAGCGCCUGAGUGACAGAGACGAGUCCUCUGAGGCUACCUGGCUGAACGGCACUAGCCGUUUAAUUGAGGUGCCCCGGCUUCGUUGUGGAGAUGAGCGCGCUGCUCCAGCCUCCUGCCUGGGAGAAAGAGCAUCUCUGGCUCUACCUUUUGGCGCUGGGCUUCGAUCCCGCACAAGCCGGCGCCGGAAAAAUUUCCACCCAUCUCCGUCUGGGCGUGAACUUGUUUGAUAAACCAAACAAAGAUGCAUUUCAUAUUGUUGCAUGGUUCUUGUUUUCAAAGCUGGACCAGUCACGUUGUAAGGAGACCUUCAGAUUCUGUUUUCCUCCCACAGAUAAAAAGGCAGAUUCUGAAUUCAGGAAGCAAUGUUGUGAAUGGCUAAGAAGAAUUUCAGAUGAAUGUGGAAACAAUUUUCCUCCAGUUGUUAAUUCAUUAUUCCUUUCCCCGGGUGGACCUAAGUUCAUGCACCUAAUGUUCCACUUUGCAAGGCAUGUCAUAAUUCAUCAUAUUAAAGCGGAUUGUGCAGGUGCUGACAUACCUUAUCCAGAAGCCGUGAACGCUAAAUCUGAGGACUUGUAUAAGGCAGCAGCAAAAUACCGUGUGGCACGUAACAGAUUUAUACAGAAUCUUCAAAAAGAAGAUCUGAUAGUUCAGGAACUUCAGAAAAAAGCACAGUUUUUCAGUAAACGAAUAAGAGAUUUAAGAUAUCAAAAUGCAGAUCUGGAAAAACAGCUUCAAAAAAUGGGGAAAAAUGUUGAUCAUGACCAGAGUAACACAGCAGAGAAAAUGGAGAAGGUUCGCAGUUUAUGGACAUUAAUAACAGGAACAUUUAAACGUCUUCAAAAAGAAAAAGAAGUUGUUGAUUCAGUAGUUAAAGGUCGUGUUGACCAAUAUGUAUUAGAUGGCACAAGUGUUGCUGUCAGUGUUCCAAGGCCUCUCCUUGAAAAAGUUGAAAAGGAGAUCCACAAAGUAAGUUACUUGGCCAAGAAAAAUCCUCAGACAAACACAUUGGAGAGAACUGGUAAUGCAUCAGGAAGUCAAGAUAAUUCAACUGCACUAAUCUCAGAGAGGAUUGUCACAUCCUGUUCUAAUUUUGCUACAGAAUCUGAAACCAGGAUAACUUCUGAAAAGGGAUCAGGUACUGAAACUCCCAAAAGGACAACAGAGCAUCCAGAUUUUCAAAUCUUGAAAUACAAAGGAAGAAACCCUAAAUCAGUGGAAACUGGGAAGAGAAGACAAGCUGAUACAUUAAGAACUUCAUCUUCAGUUAAAAGAGAAGACCCUCUGAAGAGAGCACAAGAACAACUGGCAGAAGAGGUAGCAGAUGUAGUUGUAUCUGAUACAUCCCAGAACAAUGGCGGACCGGGGACGUAUUUAGAGGACCUGAUUGGCACCUUAAUCUCAGAUCCUUUCUUAACAAGGAAACAGAUUCCACGGACUCCAGAAAAUCUGAUUACUGAAAUUAGAAGCUCAUGGAAAAAUGCUAUUCAAGUUGAAGAAUCCUCAGGUGCAGAAUCACAUCAAACUGAAACAACAAAUGAUAUACCACAGGAUACAGUCCCUAGGAACCAAAUAGAUUCAAGUAUGGCGUGCUUUAUGUCUUCAUGCAUAUCUGAUACAGCGGAAUUUCCAUUCCUGGAAGUGCCAUCUCCAUAUAGCUUUCAGCAGGCAGCUAUCAGCCAUAGUGAACUGCCAACCCACCAAACAGCCAUUGGGCCAAUAGAUGAUAAAGGCUGCAAGCAAGGACUAACACGUACUGUGGAUCAGAAUUCUUCAAUGCAGACCACUCUGUCAUGGGAUGCUUCUCACAUGGUAGGAGGCAUUAGUUCUGAUAGCCAUGAAGUUAUCCAGCUGGGCAUACUUCAAGAGACUCUUCCAGAGGAAAUGGGUUCCAUAAGUCUUGAUAGUUUUAAUAGUUUAGAGUCAAAUGAAAUAAAAGACGAAAACUCCAGAGAUAGCAGAGCUUUGCCAGAUUCUGUGGCAGGAAGUGAGCAAAAACUGAAUUUCCAGUCUAUUUGGAGCCGCUGUGAAGUGUUGGAAAAGACUGUCCCUGAAAACUCACCUUCUAGAAAGCAAAUUCCAAGGUGCAAGUCAGAGUUUAGUCUCACACCAGUGAGCCUGGACACUAAUGAUGUGCUUAGUCCUUUUAGAAAACCAUAUGCAUUGGAUGCAGAACUUUUCAAGACACCAGCAUGCACGACUCUUCUGGAAAGAAAGAUUCCUCUCUCCCCUCUAAUCUCAUUUUCUCCAGUGCAACUGAGAGAGAGGUCAGGCAUAAAGGAUCAAGGAGACUUAUUAAAUAAACUGAAGGAAAAAUAGUGUGAAGCUGGAUGCAAAAGACUCUUCACCUGCAAACAUCUGCAAAACUGAAGCCAGCCCAUGUUUAUAUAAAAAUGUUGCACUAACUGUGGAUACAAAACUUGUAAAUAAAACUUGAAAUAUUUUUGUAAACCUUAUAGUUAUUUAAUUGAGAUGUUUUGUGUUAACUAGUGCUAAUACUUGACUGUAGGUUUGUUGCAUAGUCUCCAUGAUGUUGAAUUCCUUCUGUUCAAUUGAUCAAGAGAUAUUGAUGAAUUUGCAGCCAGUCACAGACAUGGGAUUUUAAGUGUUAAAGAGAGUGCAGCAGUACUGCAAUGAAUUUGUAAUAAGUGUCCUUCCUAAACAGAUAAUAGCAUGUUUUUCAGGUAGCUAAAUCUUGUCCUUAACUUUUUAGUAUGCCUUUCUAAUGAAGCAUUCUUAAAAAUACUUGGCUAAGCCAGUUACUUUUUCCUGUUUCAGUUUUCCCCAUGUAGAAAUCUGGGGAGGUUUGAGAAUAGUCUUAAUUACUGUUUUUCUCUUGAUAGUAAGCUUUGCCAAGUGUUCCCUCUAAAAUAGAUUUUCAUGGGAAAUCAGUGCCAUCCUGUUUUAUGGCUUUUCUUUACUAUUCACCCAUGCAGAUAUCAUGUCUCUGCAAACCCUCUCUGCUUGUGCAGUGCAGUGCAGAAAUUACACAUGCAUGGAAUAUAGACACAAAGAUCACAAGGAUUCAGGUACUUCACUUAGCUUGUCUGCCUUAAAUUAGAUAAGUUAUUAACCAUUGUAAACAUUUAAGAAGUGAUGUCAGAAACGAGGACCUAGCAUGAUUAGAAUGCACUUGCCCAAACAUAACACAACCAAGUAGAUAAUGAACAGAAUUCUAACAUUUGCCAUCUUUUCUUAAAACUGCUGUUUGCCUUAAAAUGUUUAUUGCAUUAAAAAAACUGAUUGCCAUAAUAAACUUCCCUCACUGAAA